AUGUUUAUCAUGUUAUCGACAAUUCUGAAAACAUGGAUUAUUGGUAUACCAAAAACCAGCAACGUCACACUACCACCACAAGAUGAAACUAACAAUAAUAAUUUCCCGGCCCUGUUGGCUUGGGGAAUUGCGAUUCUAUGGUUGGCUAUUGCAAUUAGUCGGUGGUUAUAUAUUUCUAUAUGGAGUCUGUGGACAGGCGAGUCUACGCUAAGUGAGAUAUUAUUAGGCGAAGACGAUGAAGAGUAUUGGGACGAGACUGUUGUUUAG